AUGUUUUGUUCCGUGAAGGCGCUGCCCAGGUGUGCUGAGGGGCCUGUACUCAGGAAGAGAAACAGGGAGUCCUCCACAGCACUAGAAAAACACCCCAACUCACCAAUGACAGCGAAGCAGAUACUGGAAGUCAUUCAGAAAGAAGGGUUAAAGGAAACGAGUGGAACUUCUCCGUUAGCCUGUCUGAAUGCCAUGCUCCACAGUAGCACUCGGAUAGGGGAUGGAACCUUCUUCAAGAUCCCUGGAAAGUCAGGCCUCUAUGCUCUCAAAAAAGAGGAGUCGUCCUGCCCAGCUGAGGGGACGCUGGAUUUAGGCUGCGAGUCGGAAGUGGAUGGCACAGAAAUGGCAGAAGCCAACGCCCGGGGGGAAGGAAACGGAGUCUGUGCCAAGCAGGUGCCCGACGAAGCAUCUUGCACUCGGGAUCCCAGCCUUCCUAACGCGGCCGCGCCCAGCAAGCUAGUGUCCUCCUUUCAGCAGCACACCAAAAAGGCCCUGAAGCAGGCUCUGAGGCAGCAGCAGAAGAGAAGAAAUGGAGUCUCCGUGAUGGUCAACAAGACGGUGCCGCGCGUCGUGCUGACGCCCCUGAAGGUGUCGGACGAGCAGUCGGACUCGCCGUCAGGAUCCGAAUCUAAAAAUGGUGAAGCAGACAGUUCAGAUAAAGAAAUGAAACAUGGGCAAAAAUCUCCCACUGGAAAACAAACAAGUCAGCACUUAAAACGGUUAAAAAAGUCUGGUUUAGGACACUUGAAAUGGACCAAAGCUGAGGACAUUGACAUAGAAACCCCAGGAUCUAUUCUUGUCAACACUAACUUGAGGGCAUUAAUCAAUAAACAUACGUUUGCUUCCUUACCUCAGCAUUUUCAACAAUACCUCCUGCUUUUGCUCCCAGAAGUGGAUAGGCAGAUGGGAAGUGAUGGAAUUUUACGCCUCAGCACUUCAGCUCUAAAUAAUGAAUUCUUUGCAUACGCGGCACAAGGAUGGAAGCAGCGGCUGGCAGAAGGAGAGUUUACGCCAGAAAUGCAAUUGCGGAUAAGGCAAGAAAUUGAGAAGGAAAAGAAAACAGAACCUUGGAAAGAAAAAUUCUUUGAAAGGUUUUAUGGAGAAAAGUUGGGCAUGUCAAGAGAGGAAUCUACAAAGCUCACUGCUGGACCAAACAGUGAUGGAGCUGAAAGUAGUUCUUCAUGUGGGACCUCAAGUCUUCCAGGUCUUUCUUCACAGGCUCCCUCAGAAGAACAACAGCCAAAAAUCAUGAAAAGUCCAACUUCUGCAGAGCCUGAGUUCUGUGCUGGGCUCUGCCCUAUGGUAGAUGUAGGAAAAGAGGUAAUGGCAGAGUCGGAAUCAGAGGAUACCUUGAUCCCUGAAGAAUCUGUGAUUCAGGAGGAAAUUGCAGAAGAGGUAGAGACCAGUAUCUGUGAAUGCCAGGAUGAAAAUCAUAAGGCAAUACCUGAAUUUUUGGAGGAGUCUGAAAUUCCAGCCAGUGCUCACGAAGAGCCCCAGAUAGCAAUUCCUGAAGAAAACUUGGAAUCUUGUGUUAUAAUGAACGAUGCUUUAGAGACUGUGCCUCAUCUUGAACUUAAGGUGGAAGAGAAAUCCGAAUCUCCCCAGGAAGAAAUGUCAGUGGUUAUUGAGCAGCUAGAAGUCUGUGACUCUCUCAUUCCUUCCACUUCUAUGACUCACCUCCAUGACACAGAACAUAAGGAGCCAGAAGCUGAAAUAGAGACCAAUGCUCCAAAAAUGAAAACAGGGUCAUCUCCUUUAGAAGGCCAGUCUCCAAAGGGAGGGAUCGCUGUGGAUAUGGAGCUGCAGAGCGACCCUGAGGAACAGCUUUCUGAAAACGCCUGCAUCUCUGAAACCUCCUUCUCCUCUGAGAGCCCAGAGGGAGCCUGUACCAGCACGCCAUCCCCCGGCGGGGAAACCCAGUCUACUUCCGAAGAACCAUGCACUCCAGCCUCUCUUGAGACAGCUUUUUGUUCUGAGGUAUCCAGCACUGAAAAUGCAGACAAACACAAUCAGAGAAAGCCCGCUGAUGAGAACCUUCCUGCAUCUCUGAUGUCAGAAACAUCUCCCAUAUCCACUUCACCGGAAAUAUCAGAAGCAUCGCUAAUGUCCAAUUUACCUUUAACCUCGGAAGCAUCCCCCGUAUCCAAUGUACCUUUAACAUCAGAAGCAUCCCCCAUGUCCGAUGUACCGCUGGCCUCAGAAACGUCUUCGGUGUCUUCCAUGCUUCUCGCCUCUGAGACCACUUUCGCAUCCAGUGUGCCACCUCCUUCAGAAACGUCUCCGGUUUCUAAUUCUUCCCCGAAUGAAAGAACAGUGCAGCAACAAAGCAAGUCCCCUUCCCCAUCCGAAGAACCACUCUCUCCACAGAAGGAUGGAGGCCCUGCCCCAGCCCAGCCCCUGGGAGAGAGCCUGCUCUCUCAGCAGAAGACUCUGUCCAGUACUCCGGAGCCCACCCACCUGGGCCCUUCUGCCACUGCUCCCGCAGCAUUUCCUCCCAAAGAACUCCACAGCAAGCCCCCGGCUCAGCAGCCUUGUCAGUCACACGGUGAAACAGAGAAGCCCUAUCCUGCUUCGAUUCCCGAACUUCCUCCUGCAGAAAUCACAAAAGGUAAAAACGAGAACGCCCUGCCGAGAACGGAAAAGAAAGGGGCGCCUUCACCAUUGCAACUGUCUGUCUUUCCUGAAGAGACGGAGAGUAAGGGAAAUGAGCUCCCGUCCGCUAAGUCACAGGACCAGCAGUAUGUCUCCCCAGGGGAGAAGGCCUCAUUUCCAGAAGUCCUCAGAAGUAAAGCCCAUAAGCCAGGAAGCUCACAGAACCGGCUGGAGACCCCGUACACUCCCAAGCUGUCCGAGCCCUCCAAGUCACCCGAUGGCGGAAGAAACGACAGCAGAGAGUCCGAGAUCGCGAAGAGGAAAACCGCAGAGCAGCACAGCUUUGGGAUCUGCAAGGAGAAGAGGGCGAGGAUCGAAGAUGACCCAUCCGCCCGGAGCGCGUCAGCCGGCAGCCCAGCGGAGAAGGAGCCGCCCCCGAGAGAGGAGCCCAGGGUCCCUCCUCUCAAGAUCCAGCUUUCCAAGAUCGGGCCGCCUUUCAUCAUCAAGAGCCAGCCCGUCCCCAAGCCGGAGUCUCGGGCCUCCCCCAGCACAUCCGUGGGCGGAGGCAGGAACACGGGGGCCAGGACCCUGGCGGACAUCAAGGCUCGGGCCCAGCAGGCAAGGGCUCAGCGAGAGGCGGCGGCGGCCGCAGCUGUAGCCGCCGCAGCGAGCAUCGUCUCGGGGGCCAUGGGUGGCCCGGGAGAGGGCGGCAAGGCCAGGACCCUGGCGCACAUCAAGGAGCAGACGAAGGCGAAGCUCUUCGCAAAGCACCAAGCCCGGGCCCACCUCUUCCAGAGCCCGAAAGAGGCCCGGCCGCCUCCGCUCGGCUGCAAGGAAGGCGCUCCGAGCUCAGAGGUCCCUUCCGCCCCCGAGGCCAAAAUCGAAGGCUCACCCGGUGUCAUCAUUGUCAACCCCAACUGCAGGUCUCCCAGCAGCAAGCCCGCGCACCUCCGGGAGGUCACCCCGGCCCCCCAGCCUCCUCUCCAACCCACCAGACCCCCGGACGCAGCCUCUGACUCAGCCGUGCGUGGUGCUGAGGAACGCGUCCCCGUGCCCCGCGUGUCUGAGAACACGGUCUCCUCUACCUCGUCCGAGAAGAGCGACGUGCCCAUGCUGUUUGGUACCAGCGCUGUCCCCGUGUCCGUCUGCAGCGCCGCGGUGUCGGGAGCCAUUAAAGAGCAUCCCUUUGUGAGUCCCGUCGACAAGCCCUCCGUCCUCGUGUCCGUCGAUGGUGCAAACACUACCAUUUCUGCUUGCAGUCUAAGCGUGUUAGCCGCCGUCCAGAGCACGGACGCUCCGUGCAUCGCCGUUGUACCAAAAUGCGCCGAGAGCCCGGCCCUCCCCGCCGCCCCCAAGGGCGCCAGCACCGCGGGCUCCGCGGGUGACGCGCAGGCGCUCACGUCCAGCAGCGGCGCCAGUGGCCUGGUCUCCGGGCAGUACACCUCUGUGCCAACCCUCUCCAUCGCAAAGAACUUGCCAAACCACCUCGCCACGACUUCUGUCCUGGUUCCCUCGCCGGGAAUGAGCCCCAGGUUCCCUCCCGAGAAGAGAGCCACGCCCGGGGGGGACGAGCAGGCCGUGCCCACCGGGACCCCCGGGCGCGCGGCCCCCGGCUUCAGGGAGGCGGGAACCGUCACGGACCCACUGGUGGCCCGCCCGCCCAUCGCCGUGUUUACUGGAAGCAUGUUGACCAUCAACUCUUACGACGGCCCCCCCACGUUCAGUGCCGAGAGCUCGGACAAAACUUCGGGGCCUCGACACAGGGCAGAGAGCUGUGGGAAAGCGCAGCACCCGGGGGCCUUCGCCCCGGCGGCCGUCAAUAGGUCGAUCCCCUGUAAGGUCAUCGUGGAUCACAGCGCCGCCCUGGCCUCCGCGGUGUCCCUGGCCGUGGCCGUGGCCAGCGCAGAGGCUGGCGCGGACGCCCAGGGCAGGCCGGGGAGGACAGACGUCGCCAUGCAGCCCGUGGCCUGUCCCCAGGUGUCCGUGAUCAGCAGGCCAGAGCCGGCUGCCAGCGAAAGCCUCGAUCCCGGGGCCAGCGUCAUCGCUGGGUCUGCAGCCAAGCCAGACUGCAAACCGCUGCAGGCCCCCUGCCCAGGCCUCCGGGAGGCGCCCCUGCCCGUUCCAGAGAAAUCACACGAGGCCACGGCGACUGGCAGCAGCUUUGCCGAGCAGGCACGCGGCCCGGCCGCCUUCCAAAGCGAAGCCGACCCCGCCGGUGGCGGCCCCUACCCCGCCGGUGGCCGGCUGGGCUGGAAGGAGGAGGCCGCGAGGAGCGCGGGGCCGCCGGGCAGUCACUCGGCGCCGAGCAGACCGAAGGAGCGUCCGGAGCUGGGCUGUGCCAAGGCCGUCAAAGCCGAGCGGGCCGGCUACCCGCACGUGGCGGAGCUCCACCCCAGGAGCCUCCUGCCGGGGGUCCCUCUCCCCGCCAAGCCCGAGCCCCAUGCAGUGGACAGGGGCUUCCGAGUGGACACUGGGGACCUCCCCGGCCCCGAGCGGCCCCCUCCGGCCACGGAGGCCGCCCCGGGGGUGCAGCAGACGCCGAACAGGAAGGUCCCCAUCUCGGGCCCCGGGGACGAGGCCGUGCCCUUGGCCGCGGACACCCUGAAAAGAGCGCCCAACGCAGGCAGCUCGAGCUGCCGUCUGUCGUCCGUGGAGGCCAACAACCCCCUGGUGACCCAGCUCCUGCAGGGCAAGCUGCCUCUGGAGAAAGUGCUGCCGCAGCCCAGGCUGGGAGCCAAGCUGGAAAUCAACCGGCUCCCGGCGCCCCUUCAACCUACCUCAGCCGGGAAGGCAGCCGCGGAGAGGAGCGUCCUGGAAAUGCCCUCCAGCUCCCCGAACCCCGACGGGAAGGGCUACCUGGCGGGGACCCUCGCGCCGCUCCACAUGCGGAAGCGCGAGAACCACCCCAAAAAGCGAGUGGCCAGGACGGCGGGGGAACACGUUCAAGUCAAAUGCGAGCCAGGCAGGCUGCUGGCGGAGCCCGAGGUCAAGGCCGUGCCCUGCGUCCUGGGCCCCGGCCUGGCGCCGCUGGGCCCCGGGCAGCCCUUCCAGCAGGAGUGGCUGGGCAAGCAGGCCCCGCAGGCCCGGGCGGCCCCCGGCCCCGACGUCAAGCAGCAGAAGCGGCUGCUGCCCGCCUGCAGCCUCCAGCCGAGCCCGUUCCCCGCCGACAAGAACGGCGGCUUCCACCCCCAUCCCGACGCGGGCGCCUCGCACCGGCAGCCGUUCUACCCGAUGCCCGUGGCGGCCAGGGGCCCCGUGCCCACCGCGGCGCUGCUGCCGGCCCCCGCCAAGGCCCCCGCGGGCUGCGCGGCGUUCGCCUUCAGUCGGCAUCUCGAACAGAAGGGACUGGGGGAGGCGGGCCUUGCCCCGGCACCCCACCAGCUGAGGUUGGCCACCAUGCUGUCCCCCAACGCGCCCAUCAAAGAGGGCGAUGACGUGGGGGGGCCCGCACACGCCAUGCCCAGCAAAGCGCUGGUGCUCCCCCCGCCGCCCCCGCCGCCCUUGGCCCUGCCCCCGCCGCCGCCCCCGCCACCUCCACUACCUCCACCUGCUCCCCACGCAGAGGCCCCCGCCGAGCAGAAGCAGCCCCCCGGCCCCGUGGAGACGGCCAAGCGGCUGGGCUGGCCGCCCCCGGGCGUCUGCAGCAAUAUCAAGUCCGAGCCUGUGUCCUUCGAGGACGGCCUGGGCAGCAGCUGUGACCUGGGCCCGAGGCAGGCCGCCUACGACCAGAAGGAGGUGAAAGAGCAGCUGAAGGCGCUGGCGCUGAAAAACGCCGAGUUCCCCCCCUACCUGCUUCCUGAGCCACAGAAGCCUUUCCCCCCGCUCGCCGCGCAGAAGCUGCCGGGCCCGCAGCCGCCGCUCUGCGGGACCUACCCCGCCAUCCACUUCGGCGGCACGAGCUUCAAGCGGGCGGCCUCCGCCAUCGAGAAGUCCAUCGGGAUUUUGGGCAGCGGCCCUGGUGCCAGCGCCGCCGCCGCCGCCGCUGCCGUGGGCCUGCCCGGCCAGGGCGCCCCGAUGCCCGCGCAGAACUUCGCCGACAGCAGCAGCGCCGAGGAGCUGGAGCUCAAGUGCUCCUGCCGCCUGAAAGCCAUGAUCGUGUGCAAGGGCUGCGGGGCCUUCUGCCACGACGACUGCAUAGGGCCCUCCAAGCUCUGCGUGGCGUGCCUGGUGGUGCGGUGA